AUGAGCGCGAGAUAUCCAUACAACCUGAUGCCCUUGCGGCCCUCGUGCAAGGAAAUCAGACUCUUGCAGCUCGACGACACGGAGAUCUCGACUGGAUCUCCUCUGAUUUGCAGCUUCCAUGUGUCCACGCUGAAAAUCCACAAAAAUGGCGCGAGACAGCCCGAAUCGAUUGGAGAGUUGGGAGAUUCUUCCUGCGGCUCAAAGAGCCCAGACGAUGCCUUGGCCUACAGCGCUGUGUCUUACACUUGGGGCAACAACCCGGAGACUGCUCCAAUGGUGAUCAACGGUCAUCUGGUCCAAGUGCCCGCGAACACCGAGAUAGCCCUGCGUGGGUUGCUCACGCAAAUACUCAGAACGACGCAUCGAGAAAAGCAUGCUACUGAGCCAACGAGCGGUGACCAGCGUUUGCCUCUACUCUGGAUCGAUGCGCUGUGCAUUGACCAAGAAAAUCUGACAGAGAAGAGCCAGCAGGUAGCGAUGAUGGGUGAGAUAUACUCUCGCGCGGACGAAGUCUUGGUCUGGCUCGGCGAUGACGGUGAUGGGCUGGGUCCGGAGCUCGAGGCGUUGCUCAACGAUAUUUACGCAGACUGCGCGCGGGCGACAGACGACUUUACGAAUUUGCAUGACAUUUUGUUCCCCAAGAGUGAUCAAGGAAUGAGUCGGGGAAUGAGAGAUGCGGCCGCCCGGCAUUUUUGGUCGGGGCCUCUCACAGAGCACAUCAUCGACCGGUCCGAUUUCACAACUUCCAAGGUGGACAUACUGACGGCGUUCUUCUCCCUCCCGUGGUUCAGCAGGGUAUGGAUCAUCCAGGAGAUCUUGCUCGCGAAACGGGCGAGGCUCUACUGGGGCGAGGUAUCCAUUCCAUGGCCAGUGGCCUCGCUGGCCGCCCAAUGGCUGCUGUAUGGAGUCAAUGGCAUUGCUGCAGUGGGCGAUCCCAACUUCAAUAAAGCCGUCACACGUGUGAUGGACGCUGUCUUGCACGCCUCGACACUGUAUGUCAUGGGUGCAGAUGUGCUUCGGAUGCUGUUCGACAGUCUCGGAGCGCUAGAGCAUAACCUCGCGACUCUUUUAAACUGGUCGAGCCUGUUCAACACGACCGAGCCGAGGGAUAACAUCUACGCGCUCCUGGGUCUCUUGUAUCCACGGGACCGCGAAGAGCUCCAGCAGGAAUUCCCGGCUCUGAGGCCGGAUUACAGCCUCGACCUCGUCACCGUCUACACCCAAGCCACCCGAGCCGUCAUCCUCACGACUGGAUCCAUCUACAACUUAAAGACAGCCGGGCUCCACCAAGCUUCACUGCCAGACUGCCCCUCUCUGCCCUCAUGGGUUCCAAGAUACGGCCGCCGCGCCCCAGCCGCGCACGGCAACUCCGUCCCAAUCUCCGACACCGCUGCAAUGGAAAUGCUCGCCCCGAUACCCGAACAAAUCGCCCUCCCGCCUCAUUCAAGACUCCUCCGCAUCAAAGCCCACAUCCUACACACCGUCGCAGACGUCGGUCCAGCGAUCCACGCGUUCUUCCACGCCCAAGAUCUCGACGACGCAGCGAGAAAAGAAUUCUUCAUGCACUACCUCGCCCGCCUCCUCGAGACGUGGCGAUUCGCCCGCAACGCCUGCGGCCUGCCCAAGUCUCGCACGCACACCCUGCUCGAGAAAGCCAAGACUCUCUUCUGCGGCGCGCGCCCCUCCAACCCAAUCGCCACCGCCCACGCCAAAACCACAACCCACUCAAUAGCCCUAACCCUCAUCAGCGGCCUCACCGCCGACGGCGAACCCGCCCACGACGCCCCUGACUUCCUCUCCCAAAUAUCUCCUCUCAUGAAAGCCCUCGAAACCUAUCGUCCAGGGACGCCGACCAUACCCCCAGAAGUCAUCCCCUUCCUCCUCGCCGUCGGCCGCCACAGCGCAAACCGCCACUUCUUCAUCACGGCGGAGGGCUCGUUCGGGAUGGGCCCGCCGGGCAUUCGACGGGGCGAUCGCACGGCGUUUCUGUUCGGGCAUGCGUGGCCGUUUGUGGUGAGACAGGAGAAGGAAGGGCAUUGGGUGUUGAUGGGGGAUGUUUACUGGGAUGGGUUUAUGGAUGGGUUGCAUUUUCGGCGGUUGAGGGAGGAGGGCGUGCUUGAGCGGAUGGUGAGGUGGAUUGAUAUCUAUUGA